AUGGCCACCUUCUGGGCUUCAGAAAAGAGGAAAGGGACACUGAUUCUUUGCGGAGAGGUACGGACGGCGGUCGGCGUCAAGGAAGGGCCUGGAUCCUUGCGCCUUCAAAACACCGCUACGGCAACCUCGGGAGAGCCGGCGUCUAUAGAAUUAACGCCUGAUAUGUCAUCGAGGCCCCGCAGAUUGUCCUCGAUCUCAUCGGAGAUCAUAUACUCCGCUCAGAAAGUUGAAUAUCAGCUCGCUGCCAAAGAACCAGAGCCAGCCGUGCUAGACCACCUCGAGCUUCGAAUCUACUUCGAAGCUGCUCCCUCUAAUGGCAUACAAGAUGUGUCUGGUCGAAGCAAAGAUCGUGCCGUUAUUCAACACUAUCGCUACGUUUACUACUAUGCCAUUCUACUACACUUUCACCGUGUGCUGCGUCAUAAGGCCCCUAGCAAGAUCCAGGACCUCGCUGAAAAAGGUCUGCAUCAUCUAGAGGCAGCUGAGGACUACCCAGGCGAUGGCAAUGGCUCCAUAAUACUCUGGCCCUGCUUGGUAAUUACAAGCGAGUGCGAGAGGGAGGAUCUUCAGCAACAGGCCCUGAGGUGGUUACGUCGAAGGACAAAGCAUGCAUUUGGCAGUGUGAACGCUUCAGAAAAGAUUUGUCAGGAGUGCUGGAGCUGGCGAGCUAGGGACCCGGUAGAGAGCCCGGGGACGCCAUGGCUGGAAUUUAUAGCAGGGACAGAUCUUGAUAUUGUUCCAGUCUAA